AUGUCUUUUAUCCCUUCUGCUCGACGUCGGCGACCGCAGGAGUUUACCCUCCCCAAUGGGAAAAGGGUGAUUGCCUCUCUUCCAGAGGACGUUAACGAGUUACGUGAAAAACAUGGAGACCUUUGUGAUACACAGAUCGAAAUUAUUAUCCAUGGAUCACCAGAACACCACAAUUAUCUCAAAGAGACACGAGAUCACCAUGAAGGUCGUCGUGAUCACUUUCGUCGAAAGCAUGGCCCUGCUUUUGACGAAUGGGAAGAUAUGCAGAGUCAGCUCGAUCUAGUCAAUAGCCACCUGGAACGACUCUCAACUAGCACAUCCGGUCUGAAUGCCAACUUCGACAAGUUUGGCUACGGCGCUGAAUUGCGAACUUAUGAUGAUGACGAGCCUGCACCUAAUGUCGACUCAUCAAACAUGUCUACGUCUGACACAUUAUCAGUUGGCUCUGGUGGGGGUCAGCCUCGAUUAGGGGAGACCAUCAAGCUCUUCAAGAAGCCAGUCAUAAAGCAAUGGUUUCACAAGGGCCUGCUGUGGCGUGCUUCAGACAAUACUGAAAUUAUGGCCAUCGAGCUCUUCUUCGAUCUUCUUUACGUCGGUAUUAUCCACGUCAAUGGUGAACAUGUCUGGGCAGAACCGACCGGCAAAGAGCUUCUGCGCUUUGCGAUUACGUUCAUUAUGUCUUGGAAAAUCUGGUCCGAUAUCACCUUGAUCUUGAGUUGGUUCGAGACAGACGAUGUCUUCACUCGGCUUGAAAUUCUGUUUGAGAUUGCAUGUCUCUUGGGGUUCUCGACCAACAUGACAUAUGCCUUUUACGAGGGCGAACACAACACAUACACGAUGCUGGUGUCUUUCUACGUUGCUGCUCGAUUUAGAGGUAUCGUGCAUUUCCUAUAUACCGCUUAUCUUCUCCCAAUGGUUCGAGGUGUUAUGGUUUGUCAGGCUAUCAAUAUCAUCAUUCCUGCAACUAUUUGGAUCGCCAGUAUCCAUGUUGAGAUGCCUUCUCGACUAGGACUUAUUUGGGUUGCUAUUGCCUUGGAUAUGUGUGGUCAAAGCAUCUUGACGGGACUAUUUCAAUGGGGUCGGACAACUUCACAGCCUAAACGGUUUGCGAGAUAUCUUUCUGGCCUUUUUGAAUUCUUUCCAGCCGUCAACAUUGAGCAUCGAGUUGAACGGACCAAUGCCUUUGUUUCUUUGGUGUUUGGAUACUCUGUUAUGGGACCCAUGUUCCAGAGUCAUGGAGGUUAUACAGUCGAUGUAUUUCUGGGUAAGGCUAUUCUUGGGCUUUGCCAGGCAUUUGUCUUCAACUGGAUCUACUUCGAUGUCGAUGGAAGCAACAUCGAUGUACACGCCAUCAGACGCGCUGUAUAUACUUCUUCGAUAUGGCACUACGCUCACCUUCCCUUCAUCAUGGGCUAUAUCCUCGCAUCUGCUGGAUUAUCUAAGCUCGUUCUGGUUGCUGACACACCGAGCGCAAACCCUGAGCAUCUGACAGAUCACUACAUCGAGCGUGCAGAGCCCGAGAUCGCCAAUGGAAUCCGGUACUUUUAUUGUCAUGGUCUUGCUAUCGCAUUGCUUUUCAUGGGAGUCAUAUCAGCUUGUCAUGGACAUCGCCACCCGUCAACUCGACGCUUAUCUAAAAAGACUCGGCUGGCCAACCGGGCACUUGUCUGCCUCAUCCUCUUCUGCUUGCCCUUGGCCAAGAGCCUCAAUUCGUUGAAUCUCGUUUCCAUCACUCUCGCAUUGACCACAUGGGUCUUGCUUCUUGAGUUGUUUGGCAAGUCGUGCCGCAAUGACCCUUUUAUUGGUGAGAAGCAAGGAUGCUCGGUGCGGUACAAGUGCAAGUGCAGCAAGAAGGAUCUUGAAAAUGCGAAUCUGGACGAGAAGCCUAAGACUGCUUCGGCAGAAGUCCUCGAGCUGGGACCUAGAGAGAAAACUGCAGUGGUUGAUGUACAAGACUGA